AUGCUUCAGAUCUGCAAAACUUGGAUCUGUUUUUGGAUACUGUUCUCGUCUCUCACUUCAGCUGCAUAUAUACCCAACCUGCACGUCCGUGCAACCUCCAAUGAAAAUAACGAGUUUAUGAUUGACUCAAGUCUGAUACCUGGAUUCCAGGAGUCUUGGAAUGACAUACUUACAAUGCAUGCAGGACACAUACCUGUCACCGAGGAUCAAUCGUCGCUUUACUUCUGGAGUUUCCAAUCAGUGAAUGAGACUUACAGCACUGGCCGGACCAGGCCAUUGAUUAUAUGGCUCAACGGUGGACCAGGCUGCUCAUCUAUGGAUGGCGCCUUGAUGGAAGUCGGACCUUUACGUGUACACAAUAAAACUUCGGUGAUUUGGAAUGAGGGAUGGCUCAAUGUGGGGGACUUGGUUUUCAUAGACCAGCCAUUAGGUACGGGUUUCUCAAGUCGAAAUUCAGGCGACAAUUAUGACACAAACCUACAAGAGUCCUCAAGUCAUUUAUUCACCUUUGUCGAAAAGUACUUUGAAAUUUUUGCAUCAGACUAUGACAAAUACGAUUCCAUAAUUCUAGCUGGAGAAUCAUAUGCCGGCCAAUACAUUCCUCACCUAGCAAGACUGAUGAAAGACUCUCCGAAAUUCACCGACAAAUUGGAGGCCCUUCUGCUUGGUAACGCCUGGUUGGAUCCAAACUUACAAGCAUUGUCCUACUUACCAUUUGCAAUAGAUAAUGGCAUAGUUGACCCGACGUUGCAAGAAGAUUCGAGGAAAAUUACGGUAAUGCUAGAGAAUCAGGAGUCAUGUCAGAACGUUCGAAAUACUUUAGUCGGCAAAGAGAAAUUCGAAGAUGAAAAGUGUGAGUCGAUUAUCAUGAAUUUGUUAAGACUAUACAAGAAAAACAAAAACAAGUGUAUCAAUGUUUACGAUAUCAGAAAGACCGACUCAUAUCCUGCAUGCGGUAAUAAUUGGCCUGAAAUUCUACCUGACGUGACGAGCUUUCUGAACCUACAAGGUGUACAAAAUGCAUUGCAUGUGUUCAGUGGAGAUCACGAUUCAAGUGUGUGGAGAGAAUGUGAUAAUGAUGUUAGUUCUCACUACAAUCCAUCCGAUAGUGUCAAGGGUGCAAGUCUAUUGAACGGACUUCUCAUGGAUGGUGUCAAGGUGAAUUUAUUUAGUGGGACAAGUGAUCUGAUUUGCAAUUAUUUGGGUUCCGAAAUGGUCAUGCGUGAAUAUCUCAGUCCAUAUUUGCAAGAACAUGGCUACCAAAUCCUAUUGAAGUCUUUGUCCGAGCCACAUCGGCUGAUGAAAAGAGAAGUUGAUAAAUUUAAAAUGGAUUCCAAGUGGCUUCAUGACGAAGCGGAGGUUGGAUCUUUUUGGCAACGUGGAAAUUUGACUUACAUUAAGGUGGAUAAUGCCAGCCAUAUGGUUGCCUAUGACGUAAGUGGUCCCAGCAUUGGAAUUGUAAAUCUUUCACUACGUGAUUCUUCCGAGGGACAACAAAGCGAAGUGAAGACGUACUCGAGUCCUGAAAAGAAACGUCAGCUAGAGCUAGCUGAACAGCAGAAGGAGGAAGAAGCAAAGCAGCAAGCGGAAUCAAACCCAGAUUCAAAUAACAGUGACCAUUCUACUACAACCACUAAAUCAUCAAAACGUCUGCUAGCACUAUUCCUUCUGAUUAUCGUGCUAGCUGUACUUGCUCUUUACUUCUUUAGGGUCUCGACCAGGAAACCAUCAAGAUACUCAGCACUCGCGGGAGCGCAUAAGCCAUCGACCUAUGGUCGGUAUGCAUACGAAUGGGUAAGUGGUACUGGUGGGAAAGGUAAAGGGAAGAACAGCAAGAAGAAGAGGGUACACUGGGUAGAUCUUGAAGAAUUAGACGAAGACGGCUCUCUUUCUUUGCCUUCCAAGUUGGAUUCAAAUCAAACUGAUAAUCAGAAACUAGUCAUUGGUGGAGAUCUUGAAAAUGGUAGGCGCAUGAAAAGUUUUGAAAUGGAGGAUUUAGAACUAGAUACCGACCAUGAACCAUUCGAUUCAGCUUUGCAACACCCUCGUGAGGGAAGCUUUGAAACAGAAGAGCUUGAGAUACAGUUGCAAGAUCUAACAAAGUCACACAUGGGAGAAAGCUUAUAA